GAAAAAGAUGCAUAUCGAUAACCGGAACCUAACCUCUAAAUUGCAUAUAUAAAGGAUUACCAUUUUACAAAUGAGUGACACCUUUAAAUCUUCCACUAACAUAGAAAAUACUGAAAAAACUACAUACACUAUACACCAGCACUUAAAUAGCUACAUCUUCGAACAUACGUCCAACAUACUUAGAGUCACGAGAUCCUAUUAAAGGUACCACAGCACUAUACACUUCAUGAAUACCAAACACCCUUAAUUAACAAGAUUUCAUCACAGCUUGUAACUUUCUAUAUUACAUUGAGAUUCACAUUGUUUACACCCAUCAUGUUGGUAUCACUCACAAGUGGAACUGCAAAAUAACAUCAUUUUAUAUGUCCAAACAAUUGUGCAUUUUCACUGUGAUCAUCUGUCUUGAUGGGUUUCUCCAUUCUGUGCUUAUAUAAGCAUCAUAUAAAGCUACACGCAUGCACAGCCCCGAUGACAGCGUCUCCCACGACAUCCGACUGUAGGCAUUUAACAUGACUGGAAAAGUGUUGGUGGAUGGAGUUUCAUGAAAUUUGACACGACAAUGGAGAGGAACACACUUAUGGCCCAGUGUUACCCCAAACUGAAGGAUUAUUGCCGGGAAAAACACGGACUGGAGUUUCAAGUGGUGGACAUGAGGUGGGGCGUGAGAGACGAGGCAACUGACGAUCACAUGACGACGGAGCUGUGCAUGCGAGAGAUAGCCAACUGCCAGCGGUUGUCUAUGGGUCCAAACUUUGUGGUGUUCCUGGGGCAGAAGUAUGGGUACCGCCCCAUCCCCACCUACAUCCUGUCGUCGGAACUGCAGAUGCUGCGGGACGAGCUGGUGAACUCAGGAAUCGAUCCCGUGCUCCUGGACACGUGGUACCGCAAGGACAGCAAUGCAGUGCCGCCAGUUUCUGUGCUACAGCCCAUAUCCUCCAUCCUCAUCAACUUCAACAACAAGCGCAUACCUAAGCUUCAGCAGCACGACCAGGCCGUGUGGUGGGACACACUUGGCAAGAUGCAGAAGCUGCUCCGCAAAGCAGCGCUCUCUCUAGCAAACGGCGGCAAAAUUGACAAGGAUACGAUGCACAACUACUUCAUGUCUGUGACGGAGCGGGAGGUAAUAAAUGGUGUCCUGAGCGUUCAAAACACCAAGAAUCACUGCCUCGCAUAUGUGCGAUACAUCAACAACAUAAACCUUCAGAACCUGAAGAAGGCAUCGCUGUUCGUUGACAUCCUGAACAGAAGUCUGGACACAGAGUCCUGUAAGCUACUGGCAAACCUGAGGGAUGAACGUCUGCCGGCCAAGAUAGAGGCCACAAACCUGCAGAGGUACACAGUUGAGUGGAUCGGGAGGGAGGGGCUGGACACAGAGACGCACGAGGAGUAUUUGCAGCACUUCAUCACGCACUUCUACAAGAACAUCACAAAGCUGGUGGAUCGAGCCUUGCGCAAGGAGGACUCUAGCGCGCAGGGUCAGAUUGUGACGGAGAUCCUACAGCAUCUCCACGCCUGCAACAACUCUGUCAAGGUGUUUUACGGGCGAGAGGAUGGACUGGAGCGCAUCAGGAGACAUAUGCUGAGUGACUGUGAAAAGCCAAUGGUACUGUAUGGGGAAGGGGGGUGUGGCAAGACAUCCCUGCUGGCCAAGUCAGCAGGACUUGCUUCUACGGAAUGGUUCCAGGGAAGCAAGCCCAUCAGCGUCAUCAGGUUCUUGGGCACCACACCUGAUAGCAGUGCCCUCACCCCCACCCUGGUGUCCAUCUGCCAGCAGAUCUCAUACAACUACAUGCUGCCAUUUGAGGAUAUCCCUGUGGACCUUGUACCUCUGACAGCCUACUUCAAGCACCUGCUCACCUACGCCAACCAGCAGCAACCAAUCUUCCUGUUCCUAGACUCAGUGGAUCAACUGACUGGAGCGCAAGAUGCCAACAAGGUGUCAUGGCUGCCACUCCGCUUGCCACCAUAUUGCAAGCUGCUGGUGUCAUGUGCUGCAGAGGCUGACAACCCAGAGGUCAGUCAGGACUAUCAUCUGUUGCGACGCAUGAUUGAUAAUGAGGAGUUGUUUCUGGAAGUCACAGACCUGGGGGAAGACCUCGCCAUGCAGAUCAUCAGGAUGUGGAUGCAGACAGCAUGCCGUGACCUCACCAACUAUCAGUGGCGGCUCGUGUGCAAUGCGGUUGGGCAGUGCUCACUGCCAAUUUUUGUGAAGCUCGUAUUUGCCGAGAUCUGCCGCUGGCGCAGCUACACCAAGCCGCAGGACACAUACCUAGCAUCCACUGUCAUGGACUCCAUCAUGCUGCUGUUUGAGCGGGUUGAGAAGCAGCAUGGUCGCAUCCUCGUGUUCCACGCACUUGCCUACAUCACUGCUGCUAAGAGUGGUCUGUCAGAGUCAGAGUUGGAGGACCUGAUCUCUCUGGAUGACAAGGUGCUGGAUGACGUUUACCAGUACCAUCUGCCGCCCGUGCGACGUAUCCCACCGCUGCUCUGGACUCGGAUCCGUAAUGACCUGCCCAAUUACCUGUCAGAGAGAGAGGCAGAUGGUGUAAGCGUUAUGAACUGGUACCACAGGCAGUUCCGGGAUACAGCGCGCGAGAGGUAUUUCAAGAACAUGAACAUGGCUAUGUACUUCCACUCAUCCAUUGCUGACUAUUAUCUGGGUAUCUGGGGAGGAGGAAACCCUAAGCCCUUCAAGUACACCGAGAUACAGCGACAUAGGUUCAACUUGACUGACAAGGAGGGAUCAGCUGACCGGAAAGUUCCCAUCCAGCCACUUGUGUUUCACUCCAAGGAUGGCAAAGUCUCACGCUACAACUUGAGGAAGUUUGGUGAGAUGCCGUAUCACAUGGUGAGGUCACGCCGUUUCCAGGACCUGUACGAGCACGUGCUAUUCAACUAUCAGUGGCUGCAUGCGAAGCUGUCUUCAUGUCCGCUGCAGGCUGUGCUCAGUGACUUUGAAGAUGCGUGCAACAACAUUGAGGACAGGGAGGCAACCAGGGAACAGAUCCGAAAGAAAUUGAGAGAGCUGAUGUUGGUGGCAGAUGCCCUGCGACUGGGUGGAGCAAUUCUGGGGCAGUAUCCAAACAUGCUGGCCCCUCAGCUGGUGUCUCGGCUCCUGCCAGAGAUAGGACCAAACCCAAAUGUGAAGAUGCUGCUCAAACAGUGUGAUGAAACAGGGCCAGAGCACUGCGCACUGCUGCCACUCUACCACUGUCUUCAUACUCCAGGGGGACCAUUGAAAUACUCCCUGGAAGGCCACCAGUUCGCAGUGUUUGGGUUCUGUCUGACGUCUGACCUACGCUACAUUGUAUCGAUCUCAAAUAAGUUCAUCACAUGGGACCUGUCAACAAGUGACUUGACACGAGAUGUAAACCCUGGCAUAGAAGGCAUCAUGCAGCAGUUGGUACUCAGUCCAGACAACAGAUUUGCUGCUGCUUACACCAACAACAACCACACUGUGCUGCUGAACACACUGACAAGCGAGUAUAACAUCAUGGAGAACCCUCUGCCAGAACACGAACCAAUUAAAGGGGUAUACCUCCUCAAUGCUCACUUGUUUGUGUAUGGCACAGGAUCUUGGUGUCAGUUCAACAUGAGAGGGCAGCUGGAACGCACGUACAAAAGCCCUGAGGACCCCAACAGGUGGCCCCUUCUCUCCAUGCAAUUCAGCACCCUGGACACAUACCGGCUGCUGUUCUGGAGUGGGUCACUGGAUGACCCACUACUCUUACUGCACACAGUGAAUCCAACACUGGAACCGUUCCACUUCCACAGUGCAAUGGUGAUGACACAGGACAAAUCCACCAUCUACUGCUGCAAGGGGGAGGGACACUAUGGAGUCACACAGUACCGAGCUGACCCCGGCUCCUCCCAGUGGACGCAGCAGAGAGAGCUACCCCGUGCAGACAAUGACGACCUUGAGGUGCUACUACAGCUGAAGUUUGAUCGAGAGGAGACAACACUGUUGGGAACAUCUGGCAACGGAUUUGUGGUGUGGGAGUUUGGAGAUGACGCACACCAUCCUAACCAAGCUGUCGUGCUGCCCCUUCCUCACGGUGUUCGCAACAUCUCUACGCGUGUCCUCUGCUCCAACUCCUGCAUGGUCUCUGCAGCCAGGGACUAUGUCAUUGCAGGCGUCAGGAAGAACCUGUAUGUGUGGAGCCUAAUCUCCAGAGACCUGGUGAAGGUGCUGGAUGCACAUUUCGGCAGGAUCAUUACAUUGGAACCACUUAUCAUUGGAAACUGGAACUCUGUGAUCACUUCCUCCAUUGACCGCACAGUCAAAGUGUGGAACAUCAACAACAUAUUUGAGCAGGUUCAUGUAAUUGACCGGCACGAAAUGCAGAUCGAUUCCAUCGGCCUGUGCCAGUCGGCUGGCCUGGCUAUUACGGUCACACGAGGCUGUGUGGGUGUCUGGGACAUGCGGAUCGGCCGCCUCGUUGCACGGCUGGCAGACAGUCCACUGGGAGCCAUUGUGACACAUGCCGCCAUCACUACAGACAGCAAAUAUAUUGUGUCGGCUGAAUCGGGAAACAUUCUGAUCUGGAACCGCCUCACUGAACAGCUGCUGUUUAAAGAGGAGCAGCCAGGAGUGAAGCAAAUCACCCUGUUGGACAACGGACAGCGCUUUCUGGCUAUCUCCAAGCCUCCCGAUGGGGGAGCUGAGGUCACUCGCAUCAAUGCUACCAUUGUCACUCGAACUAUCCCAGAGGGGGUAAGGAUCUAUUCAGCUGACUACCCUGUGCGGUGUGUGGCCGGAACAUCGUUCAAGCCAGGUGUGGUGACAUGUGAUGGGAUGAACAUUGUGGUGAUUGGAGCUGAUAAGGGGAGUCGUGAUGCCAUCUUUGUCUUCCACGCUCGGACUGGUUCCCUCCUGAGUAAGAUCUCCCUGAAGCAGUCAGCUGCCAAGGAUGUUGGCAUGCUGAUUGCGAUGCCACACAAGGCCCACCUGGUGGCUACCAUUGAUCCUGACAAGGGGACCAUCCUUGAUAUUCGCAAGAAACAUAUCCUGAGAACUGUCCCCAAGUGGAGUGGCGGCUGCACAAAGGACGGCCGGUAUGGCCUGUAUGCUCCCUCGAGGGGUGGACUUGAGCUCCUGGAACUGAAAAGAGGCCACAUAGUGAAGACGUUCAUCCCCAAGGUGGCAGAGGGCGUAUUCACGGUGAUCUGCAUGUUCAACCAGACAGACGAAUAUGUCCUCUACUAUCACAGCGGCAAGAAAACACUGCGAGUCUUCAGGACCUCAGAUGCACAGAUGAUCGCCAACUUCCGUAUGCAGGCAGAACUAAGUGCUAUUGAGAGUACAGAAGAUGGUAAGAACAUCGUGUUGGGAACGGUUGAUGGCUGCUUGUCCGUGCUAGCCAUUGCGGACCCAGCCAAACCAGAGAUGAAGGAGUAUUUGGCAGCGUUACCCUCUAGGGAUGAGGAGUGGAAGAAGAAAGCAGAGAAGCUCAAGGCACAGAAUCUCUUCAAGGCCGCUGCAUCAAUAGUGAAACUGUCAACAAAGUUCAACAACAAUGAGAAUGCAGACGAUGAUGACGAGGGAUCUGAAGGCACAACCCCACAGGAUGGCAACAGAGAUGCAGACAAUGAAGAGGAUGUGUCACCUCAGACAUGAGGCGAACCUCUCAUUCUUCUUGUGGUUUGCAUAAUGAUGAAAGGACAGAAAAUUGGAAAUGACCCAUACUAAGGGCUAGUCCAACAUUUGCCAGAAGGAUUCAUGAAUAUGUCAGUCUGGACAGAGGGUCUCUUAACAAAGACUUAAACCAAUUAUGAAGCACAUGUGCUAACAACAGCACUGUGUCGUUCACUUUCUGAACAGAAAAUUAUUUCAAGCUUAUACAGCAGAAUGUCCUGUACUUACACAAACUUUCUGAAAUAUCGAAACACUCAAAAGCAUGUUUCAUUUAAAAAAACAGUCUAGUUUGACACCACCUGUCUAAUGUCAGAAACGCAGUUACAAUAACUUGUAAGUUAUUACCUGACCAACUGGCAUGUUUACUGUAACAGGGAGAUCCACGCAUGGUUUUGACACCACAAGAUGCUUGUCUGAUCAUGUUCAUUGUUAGGACUCCCACGAACUGGCUAGAGAAAAACACAUUCUUGCUAGCUUUAAAAUUAACUUUUUUUCUGUACCAAAAGUGAAAGAAAUUUGUUCAUUCUUUAUGAAUUCAUUCCACAAACAAUUCCACUUUCUUUCAUUGAGGUAGAUGCACUUGCUAUUGAACAAUAAUUACACAAUUUGAAUGUGUGUAAAUAUAAUACACAGUAAAUUUCUGGAAGGAACUUGGAACAUGGGAAUUGUGCAUUAUAUUCAUGGUAAUCAUUUUUUAACAACUAAAAAUAACAUAGCAGCAGAGGCAAUGCAAA